AGCAUUAAGCGUUUAGGUUAGGUCUCUUCACAUGCCAAACACCAAAAAUACGAACCCUUGACGCCAUCGAGCCGUCUUAAUUCUAUACCCUCUUUCAUUUGACAGGUCUAAAUUCCCGUUACACUAUUUUCUUACAUUCUACUGUACAUAUCUACCUUUUACAUUGGCGCCCCUUACCGUUUUAUACCCAACGUUCGGCACACAUUAUUCCUGGAUGUCUCGGUAGCCUCGAAAGAAAGAAAAAAAAAAACCCCCCAAGGCCGGGCAGAUUUAUCUACUGUAGCUAGCUUCUUAGUUAUUCAUCAUCACACGCGACAUCUCCAUAGUUCUAGCUUUAGAAGACAAGACAAGAUGGAGAAAUAUAGCCAGUUCCGCGAUCGCGGAUCUGGCAUCUCGCCCUUUAUUCCCUCUUCGACGCCGAGUUCGACUCUCUCGUCGCUCUUACACGCGGCUCUCUUCCUCUUCCGACUGCCGCUUUUCCUGUCGUACAGUGCCUUAUUCUUCAUCUUCCUCGACAACCUACCUUCUUUCCUCGUUCCGCAGGUCAUCCGUAAGCUGUUAUUAUGGACGUUUCUUGGUAUACCAGGGAUUUGGUGGGUAGAUCUGCAGCUCGACGGCGUCAAGCGCGGCUCGCUUUCGCAGCAGCCGAGCUCCCGCUUUCCGGGAAAUUCUAGCCGUUCUGUCAUUGCAGCGCAGUUUACGAGCCCUAUCGACGCUCUCUACCUCGCCGCCAUCUUCGACCCUAUAUUCACCAUCUCGUUCCCGGGUACACGCAAGGUCCAGCGUGUUUCCCUCUUGCGCGGUAUCCUGCUUGCCCUCUCGCCACCAGCACUAUCUCCGCCGUCUCCUAAAAACUUAACUACCCUGCGUGCACUCUUAGAGAAAAACCCACACCGCGUUAUCGCCGUCUUCCCCGAGAUGAGCACCACGAACGGCAAGGGUAUCCUUCCGUUCUCCCCGUCUUUACUGUCCACGCCUGCCGAUGCACGGAUCUUCCCCGUCAGCAUACGGUACACGCCGCCCGAUAUUACAACUCCCGUCCCGGGUGCUUAUAUUUCCUUCCUGUGGAAACUACUCAGCCGUCCUACGCAUCUUAUUCGGGUGCGCAUCGCUGAAGGUGUGACCAACAACUUCGCCGCGGCGACGAACGGGGAUGGUCCAGCGAACGGAAUCCCGGAUAAAACCGGUGAUGAGCUGGACGGUGAAUCUCUCACGUCUGAAGAACGGGCGUUGCUCGAUAAGGUCGCCGAUGAUCUGGCGCGGCUCGCGCGCAACAAGAGAGUCGGCUUGACGCUACGGGAUAAGGCGGCAUUUGUCUCAGCCUGGAACAAGGGGAAAAAAUGAAGUUAUGCGUACUCAUUUGACUUUUUAU